UCGCGUAGUGGGAGGGAUCAGUUUGAGGGCGAAUAAACAAGUACGCUUUCCAGUAGCUAGCUAGAUAAAUAUGUCUCCAGAUUAACGUUAAUUUAAUUUACGUGAUCUAAGAAAGCAAAAUGUUUAACAUAUUCGGUGUCGGGUCAUUCCAAGGUAUUACCCGAAUAUUAUGUUAGUUAGCCAGCUUGCUACUUGAAAGUACAUUAAUUAGUUAUAGUCUAUUUGAAAAUGGCUGCAUUACUUUUGUUGCUGAACAGAAAAUCUUGCUGGAAUCUCAGGAGUCGGUCAAUUUGGACUACUGUACAAAACAGCCAAGCGCACUUGCGACAUGCCAGUGUCUUUAACACUACCAGGAAAAAAACGGCGCAGUGCACAGCUUUAGAUUCCAACUGUGAACUUUCCAGAUAUGCAUGUUCUCCACAAUCCUACUCAAAGCAACUACUUCGUGGUCUAAAUACUGGAAUUAUACAGCAAGUCUUGCUCCGACCACCCAGCCCAAUGUUACUUGGGAUCAGCAAAACAUUAUUUAAGAACCAUCUUGUCAAAAACCCAGGUGGAAUAUGGAAUAUUUUGGGUUCCAUUGAUUACUUCAGCACUUCCCAGUCCAGGCAAGACCAAAACAAGAUGGAUGAAUCCACAGGAAAAUCUCCAGAGGAAGACGAAGAGGAGAAGAAGGGGCGGGAGCGGCAGGAUCUUAGCAGUAUGCGCCUUCGCAUCGCCGUCAUUUUCGCCAUCCUGGCCACCAUCCUCGCCGGCUUCCACAACAGCGGCGGCAGCAUCACCUGGAACGACUUCGUCAACGAAAUGCUGGCCAAGGGCGAGGUGGCGGGCGUGAUGAUCAUCCCGGAGAGCGACUCCGUGCAAAUCCACCUGCACCCGGGCGCGGUCAUUUUCGGCAGGCCGAGGGUGGCUCUGAGUUACCACCUGCAGGUGGCCAACCCCGACAAGUUUGAGGAGAAGCUCCGAGCCGCAGAGGAUGAGCUCAACAUCGACCCCAAGGACAGGGUCCCCGUGUCUUACAUGCGCCAAAGUUUCCUUCAGAGUGUGUUCUACGUUGUGGUCCUGGUGUUCUUCUUAAUGUUCCUCAUCGGUAUGGGCAUGCAUUUCCUCGCUGGCAUCGGGGGUCGGGAGGGCGGAUUCAAUGCGUUGAACCAGCUGAAGAACGCCCGCUUCACCGUCGUGGACGGCAAGUCCGGCAAGGGCGUCCGCUUCAAGGACGUAGCCGGAAUGCACGAGGCCAAGAUGGAGGUGAAGGAGUUUGUGGACUACCUAAAGAACCCAGACAGGUACCUCCAGCUGGGGGCCAAGGUGCCCAAGGGCUCCCUGCUCCUGGGGCCCCCAGGCUGUGGGAAGACCCUGCUGGCCAAGGCCGUGGCCACCGAGGCCCAGGUCCCCUUCCUGGCCAUCGCAGGGUCCGAGUUCGUGGAGUUCAUCGGGGGGCUGGGGGCCGCCCGGGUCAGGAGUCUGUUUCGGGAGGCGAGGACUCGAGCCCCCUGCAUCGUCUACAUCGACGAGAUCGACGCCGUGGGGAGGAAGCGCUCCACCAACAUGGCCAACUUCUCCAACUCCGAGGAGGAGCAGACGCUCAACCAGCUGCUGGUGGAGAUGGACGGGAUGGGCACGUCGGACCACGUGAUCGUCCUGGCUUCCACCAACCGGCCGGACAUUUUGGAUAACGCCCUGAUGAGACCGGGGAGGCUGGACCGGCACAUAUUCAUCGAUUUCCCCACCCUGCAGGAGAGGAAGGAGAUCUUUGAGCAGCACUUGAAGGUCCUGAAGCUGACCCAGCCUGCCGUGUUCUACUCCCAGCGCCUCGCCGAGCUCACCCCUGGGUUCAGCGGGGCGGACAUCGCCAACAUCUGCAACGAGGCCGCGCUGCACGCCGCCAGGGAGGGCUACAAGUCCAUCGACACCUUCAACUUCGAGUACGCCGUGGAGAGGGUCAUCGCAGGAAGUGUGAAGAAGAGUAAGAUCCUGUCCAAAGAGGAGCAGAGGGUGGUGGCGUUCCAUGAGUCGGGCCACGCCCUGGUGGGCUGGCUCCUGGAGCACACGGAGGCCGUCUUGAAGGUGUCCAUCGCUCCCCGUACGAACGCGGCGCUGGGGUUCGCUCAGAUCCUGCCGCGGGACCAGUACCUCUUCACCAAGGAGCAGCUGUUUGAGCGCAUGUGCAUGGCGCUGGGCGGGCGGGCCUCCGAGGCCAUCACCUUCAACAAGGUCACCACAGGUGCCCAGGAUGACCUGCGCAAGGUGACUCGUGUGGCGUACUCCAUGGUGAAGCAGUACGGCAUGACGGACAGCGUGGGCCAGGUGUCAUUCCCCGAGACGGAGGAAGAGGGCGCUGUCGGGCGCCGGCCCUUCAGCCAGGGGCUGCAGCAGCAGAUGGACCACGAGGCACAGAUGCUGAUCGCCCGUGCAUACAGACAAACGGAGAAACUGCUCCUGGACAACAGAGACAAACUGGCUGUGUUGGCCGGCGCCCUGCUGGAGCGGGAGGUGGUGAACUACGAGGACAUGGAGGUGCUGCUGGGCGCCCCGCCCCACGGGCCCAAGAGGACCAUCGCCCCGCAGACCUGGAUGGAGGCGGAGCGGGACAAGCAGGACACGGGCGAGGACGAGCCCCCCCAGCCCCGCCAGGCCCCCCCGAAGGACGAGGAGGAGCUCAAUGUGCGGCCCUCGUAACCCAGAGAAGACCCCGCCCCAUGAACGGGUGUGCGGGUUGCCAGACACUUGCGAUUUUUUCCUCCUCCAAAGAUGCUUCUAAACCCCCCCCCCACCCGCCCCGCCUCUCCAGCUUAAAUCCACUCCCAUACACAUUUUUUUAACAUGUUCCUGCGAUGUCCCUUUUGAAAUCCCCCGUCUCCCAUCCAUCUGUCCCCUCAUUUACCACACGCUUCUGCUGGGACCUCGGAAAAAUCUCACAUCUGGCAACCCUCACAGGGGCCUGUGGAGAGGCUGCGUGUAGGAUCCUCACUCUGCUCUGCUGCUCAACAUCGCCGGAGCGGUAGGAGGCUACGAGCGGCGGAGACACGCUGAUCCACACCAAGUCCUCCCCCCCCUGCAGCCUCUGACUGCAAGAGCCUAACCCCUGUCUGCACUUCAACGCAAAUGUUUUUAGCUGAAAUACUGGCAGCAUCAGCAUAAUAUUUAAAUAUUAAGAUACGUUUUUUUUUUUUUUUUUGUGUGGAAUACUUGUUGCUCCAGUGAUGGGGAUAAACUCUCCGGAAUAAAGUCUGGUGGUGUUCACCCGUGUGAAGAGUGGAACUGCGAGAGAGCUUGUCGGUUUUUAUUCGAACGGGACGUUGAGUUUGAUUUAUGGAAGGAAGAGAAACACUCGGCAAACGCCAAAUAUUCAAUGAUUUAUUAAUUCCAUAAGGCAAGAUAAGUGUGAGGUGUUAAGUCAAAAAUUACUUUCAUAUGCUGUACUUAUUGCUCAUAGGCUAAAUAUUUUUUUAAACCCUUUCAUGUGACAAAAGAAAAAUCUUAAAUUAAUUCAAAAUGUACCACUUGCCAACGAUAUUGGUGUAUUAUUGUAAGAUACAAUUAUUUGUUGUUAACCGCAAAUGUAUAAAUAAAUAUAAAAACAACAGUAUUACAAUGAUAUACACAUUUCUGAAUACAA